CGCAAGUGCAUGGCGCAAUGGCUGGAUGCCUGGAUACACUGGCUACGUCAGUGGUCUAGUGAAUGUCUGAUCAAAUUCUUAGAUUCAAGAGUUGAGGAAAAGAAAGCGGGAGAAGAUGUAUUGGUAACGGAGGGAGGAUUUGUGGUUCCAAUUUCUGAAGGAAGUGAUGGAUAUGUUGCCUCUAAAAUCAAUUUCAUGGGACAUACUUUCAGGUUUGGAUUACGAGAAUACGGCAAGUCAAAGACAGCAGGGAGUUGGGGAAUUCUAUAAGAUGCAACACAUUCACCAGACUUAUGAUUUUGUACAAAAAUGAGGACCGAGUAUAAAAAAUUUGAUAAGAUGAUGAUGAGCAUAUGGGACGCUUCACAUAUUAUAAAACAACGUCAUAGAUGAACAGCGAUCCAGAUUUGGACGAGCCACAGAUACAACACCUACUUCAUUCCGCGGAAGCUAUCCGCAGGGAUUACCCCAACGAUAAUCCCUAAUGAUGAUUGACUCCAUCUGACAGCUCUGAUACACGUAUUUUUCGGAGAAGUUUAGGUGGUGAAUAGCUACCGUGAUCUUUAUCAUAUUUUUAAAAAAUUUAAUAAUGAUAUUCAUCUCGUCCAAAAACCGCAAAAGUGUGGUCUUUAAUUUGAAAAAGAAGAUAAAAAGAAUGAGAACAAACGUUAACGUUAAGUGUGUAAUGGAUGAUUGAUGAAGAGGAAAGGAGAAUGAUAUGGUUAUACACAUAAUUUCUGAGUAUUGUGUCGUUGUCGAAAUGAAACUUUGCAUAACCGAUUAGUAUUUGUUUGAUUAUCAUUUCAUUGUUUCGGCAGAGUUAGAGACCAUCUGGUUCCAUUCGUGAUUGAUAUCACCAAUUUCAAGUGAAUUGUUUGAGUUGUUCAAGAAUUUAUUACACAAAUGGACCAAUCAAGAGUUUACUUCUUAUGAAUUGGAAUCUGCUUCAUGUUGCCUUUGAGACCUGGAAUCUAAUUCGAGGCAAUCAAUGUUUAUUAUACGAUAUCAUUCCUUUUACCGUAAGCAUUUCAAUGGAAAUAUGAUUAUGUAUAAUCAAAGAAAAUCAGAAAAAACAUAAAUAAUAAAUAAGAAAAACAUAUUUCUUUUCAGUAAUACAUAAGAAAAACUUGAGCAAAAUAUAA